AAAUUCCUACUAUUUGUUAUUAUUAAUAAAGACAAACACCAUUGCGAAUAUUUCCCAAAAAAAGAAUCAGAUUUGUCUAAUGAAUGGUUGAACUUUUAAAAUAAAAAUAAAAAUGUUAAGAAAAAUAUACGAGUAAAGAAAAACAACAAAUGAAUCGAAAUAAAAGUGCAUCAAUAUUUUAUAUUAAUUCAACAAAAGGUUGCGAAAAUUUAUAAAAGUUAGUGUUGGACACGUCAUAUGAGCAGGCCUUUCGCAUGUUUAUAGAUGCGAUCCGUAAUUUCGUUUAUCAAUCUCUUUCUUUGAGUUAAAAACGUAAUCUGCGCAUAGAAAAUGGAUCCACAACAAAUAGUGGAAUUAGCCAAAUUGUUAAAAAGUAAUGGAGAUAAAAUCUUGAAUUCCGAAUUUGCUUUAACCCUAUCAGGUUCCAUAUUACGCGCUCUAAAUGAUUCUUUCACUUUGAUAGUCGAUUCUAUGGAAUGUGGAGAUGCUAAAAACUUUCAAGUACUUAAGACUAUCAAUUCAAAGUCAUCCGUUUUUCGUGAUCUUCAAUUGAUUUACGAUUUCGUGCAGAAAACUCCACAAUUAUGCAUUGUACAUUAUCCACGUGAAGAAUAUUUUCCAGGCAAUAUUGAUAUUAAGAAAUUUCGGGCUCUGAAACGCUUAGAAGUUCAAAAAAUACAUAUACAUCAAAUUGUGGGCAUACAACCAUUACGUGCCCAGCUAGAAUAUUUAAUUUGUAACAAAAGUCUGCAGACUGUUGACGAUAUCAUAACAAAUUGUGGUGGUGACAAUUCUAACGGUUUUGUAUGGAAUGAAUUGAAAUCCGCGGAUUUUAGUUAUAAUCAACUGCAAACAGUGGAUACUUCGUUAGAAUUUGCCCAAUUUUUGCAACAUUUAAAUUUACGGCACAAUCAAUUAUUUAGUGUUAAGGCUAUCAAAUGGUUGCCUAAUCUAAAAACUUUAGAUUUAAGUUUCAAUCGCCUUACGCAAAUUCCACAAUUUCACAUGGACGCUUACAAACGCUUGCAAACACUAAACAUGAGUAAUAACUUAGUAGAAGAAUUGACGGGUAUUGUUAGAUUGGAUGCUUUAACGGAAUUGGAUUUAUCAGACAACUGCUUAUUAGAUCAUUCGUACUUAUCGACGCUAAGUGCUUUGAUAACAUUAAAAUUUCUUAAUUUGUAUGGUAAUCCUCUACACUACCAUCCCAAACAUCGUUUGGCUACGGCACAGUAUCUUCAUAAGAAUUGCGCUAGCGUUAAGUUCAUUCUGGACUAUGAGCCCUUAACAAAAAAUGAAAAAUCUGUAACAGGAACGCAAAAAAUUCGAAAAUUAGGAGUAUUCAAUCGUUUUAUUGUACGAUCUUCCUCUUCGGGCAUAAACACGCCAAGCCGUUUAUCUUCGAAUGCAGAAAAAACUCCCGCGUCGAGUAUAGGUUCAUUACGAUCAUUUAAAUUAAGCGAAAACGGUUCGGCUUCUGAAGAUCUAAGCGCAACGAUAGAAACCAAAGUUAUACCUCUUAAGAAAAAGGUCAACAAAACUAGAACGGUAGAAUUUGAGGACAAUUCAUCAUAUGAUUUAGUAGAUGAAACAAGUGAUUUACAAAGACUUGUUGAAGCUAAGAAUAUAAGUCAGCCUUUAAUUAUUGAUGAGAAACAAAAUCAAGAAUAUUUAGACACCAAACGUCACAUCGAGACGCUAAGAAAAAAAUAUGGGAACGAAUGGUUACAAGCAGACAAUGCUGAAAUGAUAAAUAGUGCAAUGGGGAUCGAACCUUCUAAUACUUUUUCAAAUAUUAAUGUAGAACGACAUACAGCGCGGAAAUUAUUCAGCGAACUUCUACAAAAUGUCACAAUAACAGAAGACAAUCAAGCUAUUGCUAUUCACAACUCCACCCCAAUAUUAACAAUUUCAAAUAACAAUUUAACGUCAUCUAUAUCACCUAUAAAAAUCAUGCAGACCAUCGACAAUCAAGAAGCAUCAUUAUAUGAAAAUAUUGAACAAAGUGCAGUUAAUGAAAGUAAAACAGAAACCCUUCAUCAGUCAAUAGAAAGGCAUGAAACUAACGAAAGCGAAUGUGGAGAUAAUAAUUCACCAAUAAGAUUCAAUAAGAGUGGAACAAUAAUUAACAUUUAUUCUUCCGUGGAAAAUAAUGAAUCUGAAAGUUCUGAGCCCGAAGAAGAUGAAGAAACUUAUAUUGUGUACACGUCGGACAAUAAAGAUGCUAUAUUUUUAACAAAGUCUUCCAAUUUUUUACGUGAAAGAGAUCCUUUGACAGAAAGAACUAAAACCAAGUGGAGUUUAAAGAUUUUGGAGUCGUGCGAUCGUCUUAAAUCAAAUACUUUACGCAUUAAUUUUGAUACCGUAAAAAAAGAUAAACAGGAGCGCGUUUACACUGUAGAAGAAGAUUUGUGCCAGGAAUUGGAGAAAAAACUAAGAUUCAUUCUGUCGCAACGAGAUUUAUAUGAAAUGAAUCAAACUGUUUAUCGCUGUGUAAAUUGUAACUGUCAAUUCUCACAGGAGGGUAAAAAAUCAAAUAAAUUUCAAGAAAUACGUUGUCCUGAUUGCAAAAGCACUUUUGUAGCAGAAAUCGAUGAAUUGUCCAAAUCGUUAGACAAACCAAAAUACACGGAAAGGGUAUCACCCGCGGCAGAUAUCGUGAAAGAAUUACCUAACGCUUUCAUCACACCACCAAUCGUGGAGCAAGAGAGUUAUUUAGUUGCGAACGAAGAACCCACUGACGAUGACAACAGCAUAGGUAAAGGAAAAAGCACGUUUACAGCUAAGCACACACAAAUGGUCAAUAGGAGCAUGAAGCAAAUCACAAAAAGUUCUGCCAAUUCUCUCAAUGCAUCUUCGUCUAUUUCACAAAUUACUUCUAACAAUUCAGACAGUUCGCUUAAUUCCAAUCAGACCUGUUUUAUAGACAGCUCAACGAACCUUAAUAAUAACAAUAGAAUUGAAAAUUUAAAAACAAAUGGCGAAAGUGAUAUAGAUAUUAUAUCAAAUCCAAGCCAAUCCAGUAUAGAGGUCCUAGAUAGAGAUGGAAAUCGUAAAAUCUCCGAAGAGCGUCAUAUAUGUCAAGCUCCACACGUAGAAGCGAUAGAUAAUUUCAGCAAUACAAGAUCUACCUUUGAAAGACAAGUCGGAAAUUUCUUGAAUGAAAGAGACGAGGAAGAAAGACUAAAUUUAAUUGUCAAAAAAAUUGCUAAACCGGAAACAACUUUUGUGAGUCAAGUUAAUCUUACUGAAAGCAGCUCUUCUGGGUCGUUCACCGAUAGUAUAUGUACUGCCUAUGAACAGCAAGCUCAAAAAUCAGCUAAUAAAACGAAAGAGCUCUUACAAUUAGACGCGAAACCACAACUUUCUGAUAAUUUGACUUUAACAAAAGAAGCAGAUGGCUUUGCUAUUGAAAAAGACGAAAGCAUUGGGUUAUCCUCAAAAUGUGGUGCUUUUUUUCAAUCUACUAAUAUAUUAAUGAGCAGUUCCAAAAAGCUGAAUGACGCCGAAAAUGCUGCCGCUAAGGGUAGCAGCAAUGGUAGUUGCCAACCUUAUAAAUUUAAUUAUACAGAUUUCAAUGACAUCGAUCACCGUUUAAAGUUAUAUUUCUAUCAAACAAAAUUCGAAGAAAAAGAUGAACACUUUAAAUGGACAGUAAAAGGACGUAUAUAUAGUCAGCAAUCCUCUAAUACAUGCAACGGUUUAGUGGUAAUGUCUACAUGUAAAUUUUAUUUAAUGGAGGCUUAUGCCUCGGAAAAUGAUGACGUAAAAAAAUGGUUAAGACCAAUAAUGAGUUGUACAGUGGAUCGUCUACAACGGGUACAGUUGCUACCUUGGAAAAUCGGCUUAGCAUUUCAGUUAAGAGAUUGGGGCAGUUUUCUGUUGCUACUGCACGAUAUUUCACGAACAAACAGUUUAUUGUUACAUUUUGCAAACAACUCCUUACCUGCUCAAUGCGAUUUAAUAUAUCAACCUGCUGAGAAAUUGGUAAAAAGUCUUGUGUGUGUUGUUGGAGAUGAACAAUUAAAAAUGUUUUGCCUUUUGAAUGGCUGCGAUGUAACCUGUGAUAAUGCGAAACGCAGUUUUCAAUUAAGUGGUCUAUUUGCGACCGAUUCGCGUUUGUAUUUAACGUCUCAUAAGCUGUUGUGGCUUUGUGCGGACAAUGAACACGACACUGACAUUGAAUUGUGUGUUAUGCAAUUGAUGUCGAAUCUUGUAGAGAUCGAACGUCCAACUGAAAAUAUAGCAUUGAUAAAUUUUCUGGAUGAGACGCACAACAAAUGCGAACUUUGGAGGUGCAGUUUCGAAACUAAAGACUUGGCUGAUAGCUUCCUAAAUGCUGUCGCCCAGUCGUGGGAGAAAUUAUUCGGCGUACCUCUGUUUAAUGCGUAAUUACUUUUAACAAAUUCACAUGACCAACCAAUGUAUAGUGUUUAAAUAUUGUUUGUAAAAAAUAAAACGAAAUUUCAAGUUA